AUGGCUUGUAAGAUCCCAGCCCGAAAGCAUAAAAUAACCAAUAGCAUAAAAUCCUCCCUUCCCGAAAGGAAGAAUGCUCAUAGAGAUUUGGCAAGGGAGGCUGUGAGAAAGUCACUUGUGCUUCUGAAGAAUGGGAAAAAUGGAACCAUUCCAGUCCUACCUCUUCCUAAGAAGGUGCCCAAAAUCUUGGUUGCUGGUAGUCAUGCUGAUAAUCUGGGUUACCAGUGUGGUGGAUGGACAAUGGCUUGGCAAGGAUUCAGUGGCAACAACAAAACAAGGGGAACCACCAUCCUCGGUGCUAUCAAAUCAACGGUUGAUUCAAGCACAGAAGUUGUCUAUCUUGAGAAUCCUGAUAGUGAUUUUGUCAAGUCCAACAACUUUGAAUAUGCCAUUGUUGUUGUUGGUGAGCACCCUUAUGCUGAGACUGAUGGAGACAGUAUGAACUUAACUAUGGCGGAUCCUGGCCCAAGUGUCAUCACCAGUGUGCGUGAAGCUGUCAAGUGCAUUGUUAUUAUAAUUUCUGGCAGACCUGUUGUGAUUGAACUGUAUGUUUCAUCAAUUGAUGCCCUGGUAGCAGCAUGGUUGCCAGGAACUGAAGGCCAAGGAAUCACUGAUGUCCUUUAUGAUGAGCAUGGAUUCAGUGGAAAGCUUUCGAGAACAUGGUUCAGACGUGUAGAUCAGCUCCCGAUGAAAAUUGGGGAUCCACACUAUGAUCCUCUUUUCCCUUUUGGGUUUGGACUUGAAACUGAGUCAGUUAAGGAGCUCGUAACAAGGUAA